UGGAAAAUGGCUGCUUUUGACAAAGUGAAGGUGCUGGUUUUGGGAGAUUCAGGCGUUGGGAAGUCGUCCCUGGUUCAUUUGUUGUGUCAGAAUCAAGUGCUCGGUAACCCCUCAUGGACAGUGGGCUGCUCCGUGGAUGUGCGGGUCCAUGACUACAAAGAGGGCACUCCAGAAGAGAAGACCUACUACAUUGAACUGUGGGAUAUUGGAGGAUCCGUGGGCAGCGUCAGUAGUGUGAAAAGCACCAGAGCUGUUUUCUACAAUUCUGUAAAUGGAAUCAUAUUAGUCCAUGACUUGACAAACAAGAAAUCCUCACAGAACUUACACCGCUGGUCAUUAGAAGUCUUGAAUAAAGAUUCAUCUCCAACAGGAGUUGUUGUCACAAAUGGAGACUAUGACAGGGAACAGUUUGCUGACAACCCCAUCCCUCUGCUUGUGAUCGGGACCAAGUUUGACCAGAUCCCAGAGAACAAGCGCAACGAUGUGUUAAAGAGGACCGUAUUCCUGUCAGAAGACUUCAACGCUGAGGAGAUAAACCUGGAUUGCACGAAUCCAAGGUAUUUUGCAGCAGGUUCAUCAAAUGCAGUGAAGCUAAGCAGAUUCUUUGACAAGGUGAUCGAGAAGAGGUUCCUCACAAGGGAGGCAAAUCAGAUGACUGGCUUUGCAGACAGGAAACGCUUCAACUUCAAGAGCCUCCAUUACGACUGAGCAGGAUGCCAGCAGGGCAAGGACAUGUGGCCUAAUCACCCUGAGGACCGUCACAUCUUGGCGCUCCUUUUGCCAAUGAUAGACUCAACCAGUCCUCUGCCUGACAGACUGACCAGUGAUGCCUGCAAAACCAUACACACCACUGAUGCAGCACUACGCCACUCCCAAGUGAAUUGUUUAAGAGUACAUGAGACACUAUCCCUCGGCCACAUGUGUAUGCUUGAAGAGUCGUCUUGAAGAAGCACUGUGACAAAGGGCAUAUAAAGGAAAGGCAGACCAUAGCAGCACAGGGGCUGGAAUGGAGAUGUGUUUCAGAGGCUCCUGUGUGGGCUUUGUUGCUCAUUGGUGGAUGAAUGGCCUCAUUACUUGAGGGGAGUGAUCAUACCUCAAGGGGUUAAGUGAGACAUACCUGCUUACUGCAGGCAAGCCAGGAGCAAUCUGUGCUCAGUGCAUUUUAAUUUGGGACAGAGUCCCGUUUUUAUUCCAGGUGUGACAUUUGAAUGUCUUUUAAGAAAAAAGUAUAUAUGGGAGUGUUACUGUUUUACAAGAAAAUCAGGGCCAUGGGUGUGUUUUUUUUUCCAUCUGAUUUUUGUCAUUGUCACUUCCUCACCAGUCUCAAUGUAGGCACAAGAAAAAAAA